AUGGCGGCGCUGAGCGGCGGCGGCGGCGGCGGCGGCGCGGAGCAGGGCCAGGCUCUGUUCAACGGGGACAUGGAGCCCGAGGCCGGCGCCGCGGCCUCUUCGGCUGCGGACCCCGCCAUUCCCGAGGAGGUGUGGAAUAUCAAACAAAUGAUUAAGUUGACACAGGAGCAUAUAGAGGCCCUAUUGGACAAAUUUGGUGGGGAGCAUAAUCCACCAUCAAUAUAUCUGGAGGCCUAUGAAGAAUACACCAGCAAGCUAGACGCCCUCCAACAAAGAGAACAACAGUUAUUGGAAUCCCUGGGGAAUGGAACUGAUUUUUCUGUUUCUAGCUCUGCAUCAACGGACACCGUUACAUCUUCUUCCUCUUCUAGCCUUUCAGUGCUGCCUUCAUCUCUUUCAGUUUUUCAAAAUCCCACAGAUGUGUCACGGAGCAACCCCAAGUCACCACAAAAACCUAUCGUUAGAGUCUUCCUGCCCAAUAAACAGAGGACAGUGGUACCUGCACGGUGUGGAGUCACAGUCCGGGACAGCCUGAAGAAGGCACUGAUGAUGAGAGGUCUAAUCCCAGAGUGCUGUGCUGUUUACAGAAUUCAGGAUGGGGAGAAGAAACCAAUUGGCUGGGACACUGAUAUUUCCUGGCUUACUGGAGAGGAAUUGCAUGUAGAAGUGUUGGAGAAUGUUCCACUUACAACACACAACUUUGUACGGAAAACUUUUUUCACCUUAGCAUUUUGUGACUUCUGUAGAAAGCUGCUUUUCCAGGGGUUCCGCUGUCAAACAUGUGGUUAUAAAUUUCACCAGCGUUGUAGUACAGAGGUUCCACUGAUGUGUGUUAAUUAUGACCAACUAGAUUUGCUGUUUGUCUCCAAGUUCUUUGAACACCACCCAAUACCACAGGAGGAGGCCUCCUUAGCAGAGACUACCCUUCCAUGUGGCUCAUCCCCUUCUGCACCCCCCUCCGAUUCUAUUGGGCCCCCAAUUCUCACCAGUCCAUCUCCUUCAAAAUCCAUUCCAAUUCCACAGCCUUUCCGACCAGCAGAUGAAGAUCAUCGAAAUCAGUUUGGACAACGAGACCGGUCCUCAUCAGCUCCAAAUGUGCAUAUAAACACAAUAGAACCUGUCAAUAUUGAUGACUUGAUUAGAGACCAAGGGUUUCGUAGUGAUGGAGGAUCAACCACAGGUUUAUCUGCCACACCCCCUGCCUCAUUACCUGGCUCACUCUCUAAUGUGAAAGCAUUGCAGAAAUCUCCAGGACCUCAGCGAGAAAGGAAGUCCUCUUCAUCCUCAGAAGACAGGAAUCGAAUGAAAACGCUUGGUAGACGGGAUUCAAGUGACGAUUGGGAGAUUCCUGAUGGACAGAUCACAGUGGGACAAAGAAUUGGAUCAGGGUCAUUUGGGACAGUCUACAAGGGAAAGUGGCAUGGUGAUGUGGCAGUGAAAAUGUUGAAUGUGACAGCACCCACACCUCAGCAGUUACAGGCCUUCAAAAAUGAAGUAGGAGUACUCAGGAAAACACGACAUGUGAAUAUCCUCCUCUUCAUGGGUUAUUCAACAAAGCCACAACUGGCUAUUGUUACCCAGUGGUGUGAGGGCUCCAGUUUAUAUCAUCAUCUCCACAUCAUUGAGACCAAAUUCGAGAUGAUCAAACUUAUAGAUAUUGCACGGCAGACUGCACAGGGCAUGGAUUACUUACACGCCAAGUCAAUCAUCCACAGAGACCUCAAGAGUAAUAAUAUUUUUCUUCAUGAAGACCUCACAGUAAAAAUAGGUGAUUUUGGUCUAGCCACAGUGAAAUCUCGAUGGAGUGGGUCCCAUCAGUUUGAACAGUUGUCUGGAUCCAUUUUGUGGAUGGCACCAGAAGUAAUCAGAAUGCAAGAUAAAAACCCAUAUAGCUUUCAGUCAGAUGUAUAUGCAUUUGGGAUUGUUCUGUAUGAAUUGAUGACCGGACAGUUACCUUAUUCAAAUAUCAACAACAGGGACCAGAUAAUUUUUAUGGUGGGACGAGGAUAUCUGUCUCCAGAUCUCAGUAAGGUACGGAGUAACUGUCCAAAAGCCAUGAAGAGAUUAAUGGCAGAGUGCCUAAAAAAGAAAAGAGAUGAAAGACCACUCUUUCCCCAAGAAAGGUCCAGAAGAAAGUAUAGACUCUUUAACAGUGGUUACCCCUGGAAGAUUCUCGCCUCUAUUGAGCUGCUGGCCCGCUCAUUGCCAAAAAUUCACCGCAGUGCAUCAGAACCCUCCUUGAAUCGGGCUGGCUUCCAAACAGAGGAUUUUAGUCUAUAUGCUUGUGCUUCUCCAAAAACACCCAUUCAGGCAGGGGGAUAUGGAGAAUUUGCAGCCUUCAAGUAGCCACACCAUCAUGACAGCAUCUACUCUUAUUUCUUAAGUCUUGUGUUCGUACAAUUUGUUAACAUCAAAACACAGUUCUGUUCCUCAACUCUUUUUAAAGAUAAAAAUUUUCAGUGCAUAAGCUGGUAUGGAACAGAAGGAAAUUUCCCAUCCAACAAAAGAGGGAAGAAUGUUUUAGGAACCAGAAUUCUCUGCUGCCAGUGUUUCUUCUUCAACACAAAUACCACAAGUCUGCCCACUCCCAGGAAGAAAGAGGAGAGACCCUGAGUUCUGACCUUUUGAUGGUCAGGCAUGAUGGAAAGAAACUGCUGCUACAGCUUGGGAGAUUUGCUCUGGGAAGUCUGCCAGUCAACUUUGCCCUUCUAACCACCAGACCAGUAUGUGGCUGAUCAUCUGAUGGGGCAGUUGCAAUCACCAAGCCUCGUUCUCUUUCCUGUUCUGGGAUUGUGUUGUGGAACCCUUUCCCCUAGCCGCCACCGGGUCAUUUCUGAGGGAUGGAACAAAAAUGCAGCAUGCCCUUCCUGUGUGUUGCAUGUUCAGUCCUUGACACAUUUUUACCAAAAUGAAGCUACUUUAUUUGAAAGGAGGGCGAGAGGUGAGGAGGUCGGUUUGGGUGUGGCGGAAAGGGAAUGCUGCAUCUUUUUCCUGGGCUGCUGGGGCUCUGGCCUUGGCUUGGCCAGCCGGAAGCGCUGGCGCGCAUCGCCUUCUUUUCCCAUUGGGUCCAGCAAUGAAGACGAGUGUUUGGGGUUUUUUUUUUCCUCCACCAUGUGGCAAGUUCUCAGGAAAAUACAAUUGAUAUCUUCCUCCUAAGCUCUUCCAGUCAGUCACCAAGUACUUAUGUGGCUACUUUGUCCAGGGCACAAAAUGCCUGUAUCUAAUUAAAAGCCUACAAAACUGCUUGAUAACAGUUUUGAAU